AUGUUUGCAUUAGAACAAAACACACAUUCAGAAGAAUUUAAUCUUUUUACUAAAAGAGAAACUGCUCAAGGCUAAACAAUUUAUCUGAUUUCAUCAAUAUCUAAAAAAUUCACUAUCACUAAAAAGGAUAAACAAUCGAUUGGCGUUAUUUAGUGCUUCAUAUCAAGUAUUCAGAAUGGAAAAGAACAGAUUCAAAUAUUUAAAGCUGAAAUGUUUAAUACUGAUUUGAACUAAGAAAUUACAUGGAACAAUGAAUACUUCGAUAAUAUUUUAAAGCAGUUAAAUAACAAAAAAUCAGAAAAUCAUUAAUUCUCUUUAGUGUCAAGCAAUAAACCAGGGGAUAACUCUAAAAUACUAAAUAUCAACUAUAUCGAUUAAAGAAUUAAAUACAGCCUCAUAACAGUUGAGUUAUAGCCUCAUUUAGUUGAUUCACAGUUUGUAUAUUCAUUUGAUUGCUUCUAAAAGCUAAUCACUGCAAAAAAUGAAUCUGUAAAAUCUAUUUAGAAGUAAAACGAAUAACUCAGAAAAUAUAAUGAUUUGUUAAAAAAACAACUAACUUAACAACAAGAAGAUGCAAAAAAACAAGAACAACAAUUAAUAAAAAAAUUUGCUGCCUUACUUAAUGAGAAGAAAAGAAUGAUUAGGGAUUCUCAUAAUCUAUCUAGAGAAAACAUUGAUUAAAUUGUAAACCAAAUAAAUUAACUCACAAUAAAAUGCAAUCCAUAAAAGUAAAAUGAAAAUAAUACAACACCUUUGCCUACUUUAGGAUCGUUUUAGCCUAACUCUAAUAGCUUAUUUGAACCAUCAUAGAAUUUUAGAAAAACAAAAAUUGAGCAAGACUAGAUAAAUCAUAGUAGCAAUAAGCAAACUCAUAUUAUAGAUUUAAUAGAAAACGAGAAUGAUAGAAAUAAAGCUAAUUUAUAAGUAGAAUUUUAAAAUAAAAUAAAAUUAGAAGAAAGUUCUAAUAAAAAGAAAAGAAACUCCGAGCUAGGUUAUUAUUUAAAUCCAAAAGUUGAGGUAGGCAUUAGUGAGGAAAAGAGAAAAUCCUAUAGAGAACUUUUGAAUUAAUAAGACAGUUAAAUGAUAAUUAUUGAUGAUUACUAGAAUGAGGAUUCAUCUCGUAUGAUAAAUGAAAAACCUUUACAGCCAAAAUAAAAUAAAAAUUAGAUUCUCCAAAUUAAUGAAUAAUUUUCUUAACUUUUGUAAAAUAAAAAUUCUUCUUUAAAGACUUCAUAGAAGAUUCCAUUAAAUCCCUUUCUCUUAAAUGAAAAUGUUAAAAAAUUAAGCAAUGAAAAAAAGAAAUAGAAAAAAAAUUAGAUGAUUGAUGAAAAUUAAGAUAAUUUUGAUGAAGAUGAAGAUUUUAAUAUAGAUAACGAAUAAGCUUCUUUUACAGACCUAUUCUAAGAUUAUUAAGAAAUCGAUUGA